AUGAUCGAAACAUACGAUAUCAUCUACUUUGCUCAAUAUGGAUCCAUUUUCAUUCGCACCAUUGUCAUAAGGUUUAGGGCAGUUACACGCCUUGCUAGAACGAACAUCACUGCAGCCGAGGUGGGGCUUGAGUUCAAUCGAUCAGUGACACCCGCACAACUUCCAACACCUGAUGCUGUUGCACAAGUCUUAGUAAACGCUGUCUCUACUCCGAAUAAUACCUUCAACCUCAGUGUUCAGGCCGACUCCAUCCAAGUACUUCAAACAAAUAUAGCAAAUGUAACCACUACAGCCUCCCCGACCUCCAGUGCUGCAACCACAGCCUCCAGUGCUGCAACCACAGCCUCCAGUGCUGCAACCACAGCCUCCAGUGCUGCAACCACAGCCUCCAGUGCUACUACUACAACUCUUUCAACAACAAAUCCAACGACUGAGGCAUUAGUCUCAAGGCAGUUGAGCUUCAGAUCUGUUGGAGAGACAUUCACAACUGAUUUGCUGAAUACAUCAUCUGAAGCAUUCACAAGUCGAGCCACAUUGAUAACAUCAACACUUUCACCUUUCUAUCAAGAAGAAUUUCCUUCCUCAUUCCGCUCACUGACGGUGGAUUCAUUCAGUAAUGGAUCAAUCAUCAACAACAUGACCCUUGGAUUUGCAUCGACGUCUGUUCCUAAUGACACUGCGAUCGGAAAUGUUUUGAUCAAUGCAGCUCCAAACAUCACAGCCUUCAACAUUGACACCAGCUCCAUUUCUGUGGAAGGCACACUUUUAAUGCAAUAA